AUGACCGAUCAGCCCAUUGGGCCGCCGGCCUACGCGCGGGGCGGAGCUCCUGACGACUUCGCGCAUCCGCCAUUGGCCAGAACGGAAGAUACGGGGCUCCAUCAUUGGCCGGCGGAAGUUCUGUCCGGUUGUCUCCCUCCCCGUCCCCCCGUGCAUCGUUCUGUGUGUUGUCCCGAGAAGAAAGGCACGUGCGGGAGGCAUGUGGCGCCUGGUUCGCUGCAGGAUAGUUGUCGGUAGGUUUCCCCGUCGCAGGGCUCCGUCGAAGAAACCCUCGUGGCAGCCUUGGCCGGCUCCUGUGCGUAUCCAAUGCAGAUUUCGUAGGUUGACUUCAAUGCUGGCUCCACUUAACUUGCGGGAAAAUUCAUUCAUUCAUUCAUUUUUAUUGAAUUUAUAUACCGGGCGGAUUUAGGUUUGAUGAGGCCCUAAGCUACUGAAGGUAAUGGGGCCCGUUAUAUGUCCAGCUGUCCUUUGUCAACAACAAAUUGUCGCUGUUUUUUGUGUUGAAUAUAUGCUUUAUGGUAAUUUAUGGACCUCAUAGGUAUCUAAAGCCAUUUUAUGUAUUUUAUCAAAGUAAUUGUUGAACCGAAAUACAAUUAUGAAGAAGUAUAUUAAUAGUGAUUUUUGGGGUGGGGGGCCAAGAGAGUGGGGCCCUAAUUUGUGGAAUUUCCAGUGUAAGACUUGAUGUGCAUUAAGUGUCUAUUUCUUCUUUUAGACAUCAGCUUACCAAAAUGACUGAAUUUGGAGAGGGCAACAAGCCAUCUUCCUAUAAAAGAAUAGUUCUCAAGAAUGCUUCUGAAUACCACUAUCUAAAGAUCCAUUUGUAAGUUCAUGCCUUUUUCCCCUUUUGCCCCUUCACCUUGGAAGGAUUUUGUGCAGCGUAUUCUUUUGUUGAUCAAUAGGGUUUUCUAAUAAGACUUAUUGCUAACUUACAUUUCAGGGAGUUUCAGGAAGCUGACUUUAGCCUAAAUGCUGUUGAAUUCAAACAACUUAUCAUCUCUGCUCUGAAACGGCUGCAUGGUGAGGUAUGUUUGUUGUUUAUGUUGACUGUCAUUAUUUGGAGAUGGCAUUUCUUCAGCUUCCAAAUUAUGUAUAUGUAAAUAUCCCCUUGUUUAUUUGGAUCCACUGCAUAGAGGAAAGAUGGCUUCUGAAGGAGUACAACUAUGCACUGUUUGUCUUUAUGCUUUUAAAACUAGGGGAGAACAGCCAGCUGUUUCUCCCAACUUAAAAAGGUGAAACAUUGUGGUCCUAACAAGAGAAGACUAUGAAGUGAUAUAAAAUAUGAGUAUUCAGCAACUUCAUUUUGCAAAGUCUCUUUCUGCUUCUUAGUAACAACGUAAUAUCUUUUCUUUUUAGGUUGGUGCCGCUUUGCUUGUCGAUGUGCUGACCUAUGAGGAAGAAACAUUGUCUGCAGUACUCAGAGUACCUAAUGCGUAAGGAACUCUGAAUAUACAUCUUUAGCAAGCGCUAUUGGGUGAAAACAAGGCUCUCUAAAAUGAAGGGGAUGCUCUUUGUGUUUAAAGAAGAUGUCACAAGUUUGGUUGGUACUGUACAGGCAACUCCUCAUUUACACAGGGUUGGGUUCUGAGGAACUGUGCAAAGCCUGUCCCCCUCACCCUCUUCUGGUGCCGAAAACGGUGCUUGCUUCCAUGGUUGUGCUUGUGCCAAUCAUGCACAAAUGGGGAGUUGCCUGUAUAUAGCAUUGUUGUUGCUUGAGUGUAGGAGUGUUACUUAAUGGUGGUGAAGGUGUAAUUUCCUCGUCUUUCCCCCAAGGUCAGGCUUGGAAAAAUACUUCCAAUUUCAAGAUGCCAGUACAGUAGUACCUUGGUUCUCAAAUGCUUUGGUAUAGAAACAACUUGGAACCCAAAUACUUCAAACCCGGAAGUAAGUGUUCCGGUUUGCAAACCUUUUUCAGAAGCUGAACGUGCUCCGUUUUCAGUGUUACUCUUCCGAUUUGAGAGCCACACCUCCAUUUUGAGUGUCACGCUGAGGUCUGUCUGUUUUUGCAGCUCUUUUUGAUUUGUUUUUGUGACUGUGUGGAACCCAGUUUAACGAUUGAUUGAUUGAUUGAUUGUGUGACUGCCGUACAUUGUUUAUUGCUUUCAUUUUAUGGAUCAAUGGUCUUGUUAGAUAGUAAAAUUCAUGUUAAAUUGCUGUUUUAGGGGUUGUUUUUAAAAGUCUGGAACAGAUUAAUCCAUUUUACAUUACUUUCUAUGGGAAAGCUUGCCUUGGUUUUGGAACGCUUUGGUUUUGUGGAUCUUUCUUCUCAAUGAAUGAGACUGAAAUCUUAAUAUUUGUCCUUAGCCUUUUUUGUCAUGUUGUGUUGGCACUUGUUUUAUGUGAGCAAGAAUGUCUCUAAUUCUGUCGUUUGAACAGUGGCCUCGCAAAGCUGUGGAGUGCUCUGACGCUGUUUGGUUCAUAUCAGAACAGAAAGUGUGCUUUUAGGGUGAUACAGGUAAGAGUUAAGAUGCAAACAAUCUGAUCCCAGGUUAUAAAGCUGCCUAACAGAAUGGUCAUUUUUUUCAGGAUUUACAUUUACAUUUACAAGCUGUACGCCGGCUUCCUUGGCCAAUAAAGCGAGAUGAGCACCGCAACCCCAGAGUCGGCCACGACUGGACCUAAUGGUCAGGGGUCCCUUUACCUUUACCCAUGUCCCUUUGAGUGCAAUGGUGGUUACUCCCAGAUGGAUAAAAAAUUGCUGCCAAAAGAUGUUAUGUGCUAACCAGUCACAGAAGUCUUAUUUCAGUAAUGGUUUGUAGUACACGCAAAGCAAAUUGUAGUAAAUUGGUCUUAUUUUCUGAAUUUCUCUUGAAAAACCAAAGGUAGCUUACAAUAAAUACCUCAAGUAAGGAAUUUGAAACCCAUAUGGUUGCUUUUUCAUAGCGAAGAGAUUAAAAUUCAUUUUAAGUCCCACACCUGCUUUGAUUUUCCUCUGCAGUUAAUAGUCCCAGCUAGCUAAAACACUUUCUGGAUGGAUGGAGUAAUCAGUGAGGUAUUUGGAUCAUUGGUUAAUACUAAUCGAUCAGAAUUCUCCAUCACACUACUUGGCUAGCCACACUUCAGUCUCCUCAUUAUAACUGGCUGAUCAAAGUUUAUUCCUUAAUUCCAUUGUUUAUCAAAUAUUCUUGGUUGUUGCCCUGGAGCUUCCAGAUUGCGGAAAUCUAUGUACCAUACUGUACUGUGGUAUUCAUGCUGGUAAAAGACCAAUUCUUUUCAAUAUGGGAUUGUUUAGAAAAGUAAGCUAUUCUGUGUGUUCUGAGGAGGUGGCUUUCCCCCAUCAUAUAUAUUUUUUUGUCCUUGCAGGUGCCUAGUGCUGAAAGGUGGAACAGAAAUUUAAAUAACAAAUGCAUAAAAAAAGCCUUGUCAAACUUGCUUAGAAGCUGCUCACUCUGAAUGUUCACUUCUGUGGCUACUGAUUUGCUGAUAUAUCAUGUUGUGGUUUUAUUCUGAAUACCAAAUAAUUAUGUAGGCUGUCAUCAGCAUGUAAAAGUGACUGUUGGUGGCUACAGAACUGAGUGUUCCUGCCCUCCCACUGUCAUUGAAAUGCCCACUUCACCCUCACCUCCUAGGCUUAUACCGUAUUUUUUGCUCUAUAAGGCUCACUUUUUCCCUCCUAAAAAGUAGGGAAAUGUGUGUGUGUCUUAUGGAGCGAGUGCAGGCUGCGCAGCUAUCCCAGAAGCCAGAACAGCAAGAGGGAUUGCUGCUUUCACUGCACAGCGAUCCCUCUUGCUGUUCUGGCUUCUGAGAUUCAGAAUAUUUUUUUUCUUGUUUACCUCGUCCAAAAACUAGGUGUGUCUUGUGGUCUUAUAGAGCAAAAAAUACGGUAUUUUAUUAAAUCUGGUUUCCAAGAAGAUUAAUCAACUUCCAUUCUGUUGGCACAAGUUACUCACAUUUUGCUUUCUGCAGGAGGAAUUUUCCUGUUCUUGUUUUGAAAUUCAUGUUCCUGUUUGUUCCUCUUCCUAGACUUCUCCGUUUCUUCUUGCGUUAGCUGGGAACAGCAGAGAACUGGUGCUGGAUUAA